AUGGUAAAAUAUUCAACGUUAGCGGUGGUUUAUAUCUCAUUACAAUCGAUGAGUCUCUUUUUAUUAUCAUGCCUAAUGGUGGUCAUUAUAAAAUCCAAAUCCUUCUUUUUAAAAUGGACAUUGUUGCAAUUAUGUGUGUCAGCGUUUAUGUAUGGGUUCACCAGUCUUCCACCGAUAAUAAUUUACGGAAAUAAUUUAAUGGCUCGAGCAUUUGAAAAUCCUUUAUGUAUAAUAAUGCAAAAAGUUUCAUUGUAUUUCCUAUACCCCCUAGAAUUUUUUUCUAUCGCUUUGGCAUUUUAUUUAUGGCACGCUUUAUACACCAUGAGGAUAGAUUUUGAAAAUAGGUUUUCUCUACCUAUUUCCAUUAUGAUUUGGAUUAGUACAACCAUUUAUAACGGAAUGUUAUUAAAAUCGGCUAGUCAUGAUAAGAAUUGGAAUGUUAAACCCACCAGUUUGAGUUGUAAGCUCAGUGAUAAUCAUGAUUCCUUCAUUGGGUACUACAUAUCUUCGAUCAUCCUGGCCUUUUUUACAUUAUUGAUGACAUGUCACUCAACCGUAAUUUUAUGGAGACGUUGGAUGAAUUGGAGAAAUCGCAUGAAUAGAACAACCGCGAUUAGAUUGGGAGAGGCCGUACGUGAUGAAUACAUGGUUACCAAAUUUAAAAUCAUCAAAAUUGCUAGUAUAAAUUCGGCUUUAAUAGGGACAUAUUUGUUCCUCAUAUUUGGAACAGAAAGAAAGGCAGCGAUCUUCCUUCCAUUUUAUUACGUUCCACCAGGCACUCCACAUAUACAAGAAAUUCAGAUAGACGAAUUAAACAAAUCCUUUAUUUCUCAAGAUGAUAUUAAUAUCGUUAUAAGGGUUAGUUAA